GCGGCACGCGAUACACGAAAGCUUUGACCAAAUCGUAACGCAAUUGUGUUCCAGUUUAGUGUCGUGCAAGUUCGGAGAAAGUUGAAAGUAAAAGGCGGCGGGUUAAAUUGGCCCCCAUGGUUUAUAAAGAUCACAAUAAAACAGGUCAAAUUAUACAUAGUUCUUAGUAUGGCUUUGAAAUGACAUCCAGCUAACAACACCUUCACAAAGCAAUGGACUAUCUCAAUAACCAUGACGACGGCCGAUUUGUGUCCGAACCAGAGACAAUACAGACUCAUAACGCAUAGAGAAAUUAAUAAAAACAAUGGAUACGAUGGCGUCACAAAAUGGCGGCGAAAGACAAAAUGGAGGACGAAUUUCAGAUUUCUUCUGCCGCUGUUAAUUUUGAAUGUUAAACAAGGAGUGACUGAAACAUUGACAAGCAGUGUUCUGGCUUCGCUGCUGGGCUAUCCAGCAUCAUGUACGGUUGGAGACGAGAUCAGGGCGUGCACAUUAUCGCUGACAUGUUGGCUGCAAGGAGGGACAAAGGUCAAGGGAUGCUCUGGAUGGCUUUUCUCAUGCUGUGUCUUCGACAACAUUGACAAUAGUAUUCCAUCGUCAGAUUGGAGACACAAAGUGGUUCCACCUACGUUGAAAGCAGUUCCACACAGGAGUAUGAUACCUCCGAACGUGUUCAGAAGAAGAGUUGAUGAUGAUGGUCAGGUGGAGUGUGGUCUAUCAGCUACCAGAAUGAUCCAGAAGCGAAUCAUAGGAGGUCGGGAAGCAAGACUUGCUGAGUUUCCCUGGCAGGCUCAUUUGAGGAUAUCUGAAUACCAGUGUGGUGGAGUACUCGUAUCCCGUAUAUAUGUAGCAACAGCAGCUCAUUGUGUAUCCCGUGCCAGGCUGAGAGAUAUAUCAGUGUGGCUUGGAGCUCUUGAUACCAGCGCUGCAGCCCAUACCACUGCAACCAAACUUGGGGUAGUCCAAAAGAUUCUUCAUCCUCUCUUCAAAUUCCGAAUGACGCAGCCAGACCGCUACGACAUAGCCUUGUUAAAGUUAUCCAGACCCGUUGUAUAUACUAGUCAUAUACUGCCAGUCUGUCUGCCUGACAUAGAUUUUGAACUUGAGGGUAUUUCUGGUGUGAUCGCUGGUUGGGGCAAAACGGACGCAAGUACCAGCCAUAUUGGAACCAAUCUACUUAGAUCAGCGACUGUACCUAUACUGAGCACCGAAGAAUGUAUUAAAUGGCAUCGCAGUAAGAGAAUCUCUGUGGAGAUUCACUCGGAAAUGAUUUGCGCCGGACAUUCCGACGGACACCAAGACGCUUGCCUCGGUGAUUCCGGAGGACCUCUGAUAAUCCUGGACAACGGAAGAUAUCAUCUGGUCGGCAUCACCUCGGCUGGCUUCGGAUGCGGAGUAGACCACCAACCUGGUAUCUACCACAACGUCCUCACAACUGUUCGAUGGAUUAAGGAUGUUAUUAAGCCUAGCUAUACUUAAGUUAAAUUAACUCCCUAUUACCUAUCUGUAUAUAAUUAUAACAUAAAUAUUGAGUGUGGACUUUUUUAAUAGGGCGUUAUGCCACGGGACUUACAUAAUCAAAAAAAUAUAUAAAAUGACAAAACUAUAGGUGAGAAUAAAAUAAAAUAAUAAGGCCAGGUUGCACCAACUAACAUUAGCAAUAACAAAACUACGUCAAAAGCCUGUCAAAAGUUUCAAAUCAAGGAAUACGAUGGUGCAACAUAUUCCGCAGUCUAUGUAAGGGUCAGCGUAGUAACGCUGUAACAGUAGUUAACAUUAAAUUUGACUCGAAAACUCUAACUAUAACAGUCUACCUAUGAUGCAACCCAGCCUAAGUAGUGCCUCAAGAAAAGUAACAAACACACACGACACGACAAACACACACACACUGGUAA